AGUAAGGAACCGCACGAGCGCAAGACGUACUAUUUUGACAGAAACGGUCUGCCAACGUGCUCAACCGGAUCGCUCUUGUCAGUCAGUCCACAGCCCGUCGUCUUCCUGUCCGCAACAAGAGAACAAGGACCAAAAUCUUAACAAUAUGAAGACCACUCCGGUAUUGUGCGUGGCAGCUUUCGCGGUGAUGCUGCAGGCCAUGUGCGCGACCGCAGCCGGCGGUGAACGCCAACAGCAACAGUUACCGCUGUUCUUCCAAGCGGGCCGACCGUUCAACGCGCCCGGCGCCCCGUUGCCCAAAUUCGUGGGAAUCGCGGGUAACCAACCGCCGCAGGCGUUCCGCACGGCACCACCGCAGGUGGACGAGGAACAGGAGGACGAAGAGCAACGCAACGACGACGAACCGCACCAGCGCAACGUGCUCGCUCCCACCCCACUGCCGUUCAGACCGCAACCGACGCCACAGUUCAAUCAAUUCCGCGCUUCUCCGUCGCCAUCCCCGCAGACGUUGCAGCCGAUCCGCAUCAACAGGCCGACCGAAACUCCGCUCAGAAGACCACAGCCUCUUUCGCCGUCGCAAUACAAACCGCUGUCCAGCCAACCGUUGUCGGAAGAAGCCCAGGAAUUAGAAGAAGAAAAAGAAGAAGAACCUGACCGUCUUACACAAUUGUUGCCCCAGUCUAAAUUCACCUGUGGUGGUAAGACAACCGGUUAUUACGCUGACGAAGGUCUGGACUGCGAAGUGUUCCAUUACUGCCAAGAUAGUGCUAGACACUCCUGGAUAUGCCCGGAAGGUUUCGUUUUCCACCAGGUACAUCUGAUCUGCAUGCCACCGAGCGGCGAGAACAUUUGCAAGCAAUCGACGCAAUAUCAUUUCGUCAACGACUUCCUGUACAGACCGGUGAACACUGAGGAAGCCAACUCUCGACCGAAUGUGACACUCAGGUACGGAGACAGGUACCACCCGGGUAGCAGUCUAGAGGCAGGAGAGGAGUACGACCACGAGGAAAGAGAGCCGCAACAACAGUUCAGACAGCCGCAGCCUGGGCUCAGACAACGCAUUCAACAGCAACAACCUCAGCCCACUCAACAACACGUGCUGUCCACCCCCCGCCCGGUGCAAUUGCUGCAACACCAACAGCCACAGCAACCACAGUUCGCCCGACAACCAUCUCCCAACCAGGUGUUCCACUCUUCCGAGGAGAUCAACAUACCGUUACAGCAGAGGCGACCGGUCGUGUUACAGCAGCAGCGACCCAGCUUCCAACAGCAACAGCAACAGCUCCAGCAGCAACAGCAACAGCAAAACGACUUUGAUUUCAGGAGAAAGUAGACGUGACCGACAGUGAGAGAUGCUUCGAUAGGUGGUAUAUCACCGAAAAGAAGCUCCCGUGUCCAUAUACAUGUGUAUAUCGUUUACUUAAUAGUUUAUGAAAAAUAAUAUUUAUAAAUUUUUUUUAGUUACACUAGAGCGAGUAACACUCUACUGUGCAUGUAUAAUAUUAUAUUGUUAAGUUAAAACCAACUCGAAAUCAUUUCAUAAAACGACUUGUAUUAUGAUAUUGACGGAUAGCGAUGAAUAGGAUUCAUUAUUAUUAGCAUACAUUCCAGUUUGCGAAUAACUAUAUUACGGCAACACUCAAUAUCUUUUGAUUUGAAUUCAUAUUAUGAUCAUAAAUAUAUUAUAUCGGCCGAAUAUCUAUUUUGCGCAUAACCUGUACUUAUAUUUUCGAACUUCAACACCACUAACUCUAAAAUGUAUACACAGCAUAAGUACUUAUAUUUAAAAACACGAUAGAGUACAAACUAUUACUAUUUAAGUAAUGCUUUUUGUUUUUAAGCCAACGAAUUCAUUUUGUCAACUGAUUUUUAAAAGUGCACUCCACAAUUUGUAGAAUUAGUUUGGAAGUCGUCGCCAUUUCAGUGCUGCAGUAAGCAAAAUGAUACAUAAAAAUAUUAUUGGAAAAACUAAAUACCUACCUACUUUCGACUAAAAGUUAAUUAUAUUAUAAUAUAAUAUAUUUAUAUAUCAUAAAUUGAUAUUCGAAAAAAAAUGUUUUGUCUUUUUUACAUGCACCGCAAUGC